AUGGCAUUUUAUCUUGCUUUGCCCCGUGGCCGUCUCGCAUCCCUUACGAAGGGUACUGUCACCAUUCGAUCGAUCUCCACUACUACCGCCCUGCGCAACUCCAACGACGACAAGAAGCCCUCGCUUGCAUUCGGCGGCGGUCCCGCUCCGCCACGUCUACCUAAGGAAGAACAGGAGAUCUUUGAAGAGCUCCAGCGUCGCUCUACUGGCGCUUUCAGCACACCACAAGUCAACCAAUCACCCCAAGCGGGAAUCAAGGUCAACGGCAAUGGCGAGGAGCUUCAUCCGGAUGCGCCACAAGGGCUAAAGCCCGAGUUCGAGGGCGAGAAGAACCCGAAAACUGGGGAGGUCGGUGGACCCAAAAAUGAGCCUCUCCGAUGGGGCUCUGCCGGUGAUUGGAGUUAUGGUGGCCGUGUAACAGACUUCUAA